AUGAAUAACCAGGGACAAGCCGCUGGUCAGCCAAGGGAGGAUUACCUCGACAAGGGACUGGAUGCCGCCGAGAAGAGGUUCGGCCAAGGCAAAAUUGACCCAGCCAAGUCGCGUUCGGUAAAUGAGAAGGUCACCGACAAGGCGAGAGACAUGUUUGAAAAGGCAACAGGCAAGGAUGUUCCCGACAAGGUCAGCAACUAA